AUGGCACCAGCACGAAUUGCCCCGACAUGGGCGAACCUCGGCAUAGCUGCGCUGCUUUCCGGCAUGGCUUGGGCGCAACAGGAAACUCCUCAGGGACCUUCAAUUCCCUUGGAGUACUGCUCCACCGUUAACACGGGUGACAUGGUUCCUCUUUACUACGACUGGCAAAGUGAAGGCCGCUGCUUCGGCAAUUGCACUAGCUUGAAAUACGCCUUGGCCAUUAUCCAGGAGAAGAAUUGUUGGUGCUCAAAUCUCAUACCCAACCGCGCCGACCGAAAACCGCUGGAGGACUGCCAAUUCCCGUGCCCGGGCUAUCCAACCGAUUACUGCGGCGGAGGUGGAGUCUUUGCCUACUUGGAAGCCGCCGGAGGCAAUCCGACAGGUACCGCCCCGCCUGGGGGUUCCGCCACGAAAUCACCAUCUAGUACCACGAGUGAGAGUGUGUCGAAGCCUCCGAGCGUGACGACUAUCACUGUGGGCGGAACCGUUAGGACCGUGACCGCCCCCACCGAGCCGACCGCUUCCAACGACUCCAGCGUUGUCGAAAACGAAGGCUCCAGCCUCCAACCGGGCGCCAUUGCCGGUAUUGUCAUCGGCGUCGUGGGGGGGUUAGCCAUCAUAGCAGCCGCUGUGUGGUUUUGCUUCUUCAGACGGCGGAAAGAGGAUGAAGGGCCCAACAACGGUCUCGGGUCACCAAUUAGGGGCGGCGGCUCACCGGGUAGAAUGGCGACCCCCAAUUCCGGCGAGGUCUCUGAGAACCGAUAUGCCGGCACAACAGGUGGCUCAGUUGCAGGGACGUGGGACUCGCAGAACAAGAGACGCAGCCACCUCAUGCCCGUCGACCCCCGACUCGAUCCGUUCGCGACGGGCAUCUACCCCGACCAGAACAGGAGCCGCGAGAGCUUCAACUCGCUGCAGGAUAAUCAGGACUACUCUCGGAGAGUGCAUCAGCCGCCAAGAGUCCUCAGGGCCAUGAAUCCGGAUCCGGACGACUGA